AGAGGGCCGGCUGGCUAAGUCCCUCCCGCUCUCGGCUCUCCGCCUCACUAGCAGCGGUUCUCGGUGCAGCGGGGAUAGGGCGAAGCGGCCUGCGCCCACGGAGUGCACGACACUGCCCGGAACGCACAGCCACCCUUGCCCCUUCAGCCGCCCACUCGGGAUUUCCAGCGUCCUCUGCGCGCGCACGAUGCCCUCGGCCACCAGCCACAGCGGAAGCGGCAGCAAGUCGUCCGGACCGCCACCCCCGUCGGGUUCCUCCGGGAGUGAGGCGGCGGCGGGGGCCGGGGCAGCUGCGCCGGCUUCCCAGCACCCCGUAACCGGCACCGGCGCUGUCCAGACCGAGGCCAUGAAGCAGAUCCUCGGGGUGAUCGACAAGAAACUUCGGAACCUGGAGAAGAAAAAGGGCAAGCUUGAUGAUUACCAGGAACGAAUGAACAAAGGGGAAAGGCUUAAUCAAGAUCAGCUGGAUGCCGUAUCUAAGUACCAGGAAGUCACAAAUAACUUGGAGUUUGCAAAAGAAUUACAGAGGAGUUUCAUGGCAUUAAGUCAAGAUAUUCAGAAAACAAUAAAGAAGACUGCACGUCGGGAGCAGCUUAUGAGAGAAGAAGCAGAACAAAAACGUUUAAAAACUGUACUUGAGCUCCAGUAUGUUUUGGACAAAUUGGGGGAUGAUGAGGUGCGAACUGAUCUGAAGCAAGGAUUGAAUGGAGUGCCAAUAUUGUCUGAAGAGGAAUUGUCAUUGUUGGAUGAAUUCUACAAAUUAGCAGACCCUGAACGGGACAUGAGCUUGAGGUUGAAUGAGCAGUAUGAACAUGCCUCCAUUCACCUAUGGGACUUGCUGGAAGGAAAGGAAAAAUCUGUAUGUGGAACAACCUAUAAAGCUCUAAAGGAAAUUGUUGAGCGUGUUUUCCAGUCAAACUACUUUGACAGCACUCACAACCACCAGAAUGGGCUAUGUGAGGAAGAAGAGGCAGCCUCAGCACCUGCAGCUGAAGAUCAGGUAGCUGAAGCUGAACCUGAGCCAGCAGAAGAAUACACGGAACAAAGUGAAGUUGAAUCAACAGAGUAUGUAAAUAGACAAUUUAUGGCAGAAACACAGUUCAGCAGUGGUGAAAAGGAGCAGGUAGAUGAGUGGACAGUUGAAACAGUUGAGGUGGUAAAUUCACUCCAGCAGCAACCUCAAGCUGCAUCUCCUUCAGUACCAGAGCCCCACUCUCUGACUCCAGUGGCUCAGGCAGAUCCCCUUGUGAGAAGACAGCGAGUCCAGGAUCUUAUGGCGCAAAUGCAGGGGCCCUAUAAUUUCAUACAGGAUUCAAUGCUGGAUUUUGAAAACCAGACACUUGAUCCUGCCAUUGUAUCUGCACAGCCUAUGAAUCCAACACAAAACAUGGAUAUGCCCCAGCUGGUUUGCCCUCCAGUUCAUUCUGAAUCUAGACUUGCUCAGCCUAAUCAAGUUCCUGUACAACCAGAAGCUACACAGGUUCCUUUGGUUUCAUCCACAAGUGAGGGGUAUACAGCAUCUCAACCCUUGUACCAGCCUUCUCAUGCUACAGAGCAACGACCACAAAAAGAACCAAUUGACCAGAUUCAGGCAACAAUCUCUUUAAAUACAGACCAGACUACAGCAUCGUCAUCCCUUCCGGCUGCUUCUCAGCCUCAGGUGUUCCAGGCUGGGACAAGCAAACCGUUACAUAGCAGUGGAAUCAAUGUAAACGCAGCUCCAUUCCAAUCCAUGCAAACGGUGUUCAAUAUGAAUGCCCCAGUUCCUCCUGUUAAUGAACCAGAAACUUUGAAACAGCAAAAUCAGUACCAGGCCAGUUACAACCAGAGCUUUUCUAGUCAGCCUCACCAAGUAGAACAAACAGACCUGCAGCAAGAACAGCUUCAAACAGUGGUUGGCACUUACCAUGGUUCCCAGGACCAGCCCCAUCAAGUGACUGGUAACCACCAGCAGCCUCCCCAGCAGAACACUGGAUUUCCACGUAGCAGUCAGCCCUAUUACAAUAGUCGUGGUGUGUCUCGUGGUGGCUCCCGUGGUGCUAGAGGCUUAAUGAAUGGAUACAGGGGCCCUGCCAAUGGAUUCAGAGGAGGAUAUGAUGGUUACCGCCCUUCAUUCUCUAACACUCCAAACAGUGGUUACACACAGUCUCAGUUCAGUGCUCCCCGGGACUACUCUGGCUAUCAACGGGAUGGAUAUCAGCAGAAUUUCAAGCGAGGCUCUGGGCAGAGUGGACCACGGGGAGCCCCACGAGGUCGUGGAGGGCCCCCAAGACCCAACAGAGGGAUGCCGCAAAUGAACACUCAGCAAGUGAAUUAAUCUGAUUCACAGGAUUAUGUUUAAACGCCAAAAACACACUGGCCAGUGUACCAUAAUAUGUUACCAGAAGAGUUAUUAUCUAUUUGUUCUCCCUUUCAGGAAACUUAUUGUAAAGGGACUGUUUUCAUCCCAUAAAGACAGGACUAUAAUUGUCAGCUUUAUAUUA